CUAGACUAUAUAAACAUUGAACUACCUUAUUGCAUUUGACACUGUCGACUAAAUUAAGGAAAACAGUACCAUCAUUCAUCAAUGGAGGAAAAACUAGGUGAAAACAAGAGCAAGGUUCUUGUAGUCGGAGGAACAGGAUAUAUUGGCAAGAGAAUUGUGAAGGAGAGUUUGAAACAAGGUCAUCCAACUUAUGUACUUCGGAGACCAGAGAUCGGACUCGAUAUCGAUAAGCUUCAGAUGCUAAUGUCUUUCAAGAAAAAAGGUGCUCGACUCAUUGAUGGUUCUUUUUCUGAUCAUCAAAGCCUUGUUCGUGCUGUUAAACAAGUCGAUGUGGUGAUUUGUGCAAUCUCUGGGGUGCAUUUUCGGUCUCAUAAUAUACUCUUACAGCUGAAGCUGGUUGAUGCGAUCAAAGAAGCAGGGAAUGUUAAGCGGUUUCUGCCAUCAGAGUUUGGAAUGGAUCCAGCACAAAUGGGACACGCAUUGGAACCAGGAAGAGUAACAUUCGAUGAGAAAAUGACAGUGCGGAAGGCCAUCCAUGAAGCUGGAAUCCCUUUCACAUAUGUCUCUGCCAACUGCUUUGGUGGUUACUUCGUCGGUAACCUUUCUCAAAUGGGUUCACUAACCCCUCCCAUGGAUCAUAAGGUCUCCUUGUAUGGAGACGGGAACGUAAAAGCCAUUUUCUUGGACGAGGAUGACAUUGCGACAUACACCAUUAAGACGAUAGAUGACCCGCGUACCCUAAACAAGACUUUAUAUUUGAGGCCGCCACAGAACAUCCUGUCUCAGAGAGAGUUGGUUGGCAUAUGGGAAAAACUCAUUGAUAAGGAACUAAUCAAGACUAGCAUCACAGAAGAAGACUUCUUAGCUAGCAUGAAAGGAAUGGAUUUUGCUGGACAAGUUGGAGUAGGUCAUUUCUACCACAUUUUCUAUGAAGGGUGCUUAACCAACUUUGAGGUUGAACUAGAAGCUUCAAGUUUAUAUCCAGAGGUUGAAUACACACGAGUCGUUGAAUACCUUAUACGUUAUAUGUAAGGAAAACCAUAUGUAUGAGUAAUAAGUUGGUUAUGGAUUCGUCUGCCAUUGAUGUCUUCUUCAACACCGCACAUCUGUAUUCCAAGUGUUUGGUUGUGUAAUCUAAGACGAAAGGGAAGCAUUUGGUUCCCUUUUUCUUCUAGAAGAACUCCUCUCACAUUUGUGAUUCUAAUUUGGGAAUUUGUAGAUGUAACAUUUGAGUGAAAAGUGAUUGUUCUC